CAUUUAUAUUGAACUUCACCAUAUAAUUUGAUUACAUUCGUUUAUCUGAAGUACAAAACAGCUACUACAAACAAAAAGGCUCUACUCUUUUUGAAAACUUGGUUUCAAAACUACUUGUAUAUAUUUUAACAUUCGAUCCCCUAACAACAAAAUAGGUAUAACUCUAUCCGGUAACCGUUGGUUUCUCAACUCGGGUGUAUACCUGUAGGCGUCAUUAACCUUACGAUUAGGACUAACUGAUUAUAAAAAAUAACUAAUCAUUAUGAUUUUUUUAUAUCUCGCUUUAUCUUUAUUUUGUUCUCUUGGUAAAAGAGCUCUGGCCACAGAACUGUGGUGUUACAGCUGUGUUAGUCACCAACCUGGAUGUGGAGAAUUAAGUGUUGAUUGGAGAAUGCAUCAAGCCAUAACUUGCCCUCGAGAUGAUGAUACAUGUGUGAAGAUUACAGAAACAAAAGGAGCUGAGAAAUUAAUUACGAGAGACUGUUUGUCAAACUUGGUUGGUCUCAGGAGAGACAUUCCAGCUGAUACAUAUGAAGGAUGUCGUCCUGCAGCAGAGCACCCUAAAAUCGCAGUCUAUGUCCAAAAUAAUAUCAAACAAAUAAAAAUAACAGGGGACUACUGGGAUGAAGUGACCUACUGUUUUUGUAAGUUUGAUCAGUGGUGCAAUGGCAGUCAUUACAAUAUUGCUGAAUUUGCAAACAUUGUAAUAACAAUAACUUUAUUGGUCAUCUUUCAGAAAUUGAUGUUUCACUGAAAGUUUUGAAUUUAUUCUUCCAUACUUGAAAAAUAUGUUAAUCUCCCGAAGAAGAUCUGAAGAGAAAAACCGUCCAGUGUGAAUAUGUUUACAAUAAUAAUUGUAUGCAUCAAGAUUUUUUUGUUAGUUUCAUGUGGGACUGCUGAAAAAAAGAUUCAGAUUUUGUGAGUUCGAUAUAAACAAUACAUAUCAGAGAGAUUUAGCUGUAAAAAAGUUUAACUUUUGUCUUUCUUUUAUUAACCAGUACUUUACAUGUAAACAGUAAGGAUGCUAGCAUAAGACAGAAUUUUCCAAACUAGAAAUAUUGUAUAACUGUUCUAGCACAUUUUUAGUAUACUGUUUCAUUUUUUUCACAAUAUAAAUCAAUGUUCUUUUUUUAGAUUCAUAUCUGGAAGUAUGUAGUUGUUUGAAGUUUGUAGCAUGAAAAAUAUUUAAUUAGUUUGUAUCAGGCAUGUUGUUUUGCUGAUUUAUGAGAACUUGAGACAGACUUGUUUUAUCUGUAUCAGUAGAUCUCUCUUGUAAAUACUAUUGCAUGAUGCUAUAAAGGCAACUAAAGCAUUUAUCAAACUCCACAUUUUUUUUACGCAAGUAACUCUGUCAUGUGGAUGUUAAAUAUGUUUUGGAUUUUCUUUUCUUUUUCCUAGAGUAUUAUUGUUUCUUACAUAUAAACCUUCUGAGACUUUGUUAUGGAGCUGAUAAAUUGUAUUUUUACACACACAUUGUGUUUGUCACUCAUUAUAUCUUCAUUAAAACACUACAUGUUUUUUCUUCAGUUUAAUAAAAUAGACUGUUACUGAUUAGUAACAAACUUGAAAACUAUUAAGUACUAAUAAUAGUGUAAUAUUAAUUUUUCUACAAUUUAUAUUAUUUUCUCAUUUUUUGUCAUUUGAUUUAUUUAAAUGAAUUUUUUGGAUUUGAAAAUAAGACCUAGAGAAAUUGAACCAUAUCAUUUUGUCAUGUAGCCUGUGGGCUUCAUUAAAUUUAAUACUGUAGUAAUUCUUUUUAGUCAGCAUAUUGGACAGUACUAUGUAGGUUUCUGUGUAUGUAUGUCUGUGAGACAUUACAGAGAUUGGAACAUAUAUUAUUAGCUGUUUGAUUAUUUGAUGUCCUUUAAACGUUUGUUUUUAUAAUGGUUGUUAGUUUUAUUGUUUGUGAAAAAGAAUGUUUUUCAGGUAAUAAUUUCGAAUUUGAUGAGAACUUUCAUCUUCAGUUUUUUUUAUACAUUUUAGAAAUUCUACUUAAUUCUAUCAAAAAAUAUCCUCCAGGUCAUGUCCAGAAACUGUAUUGCACUAUAGAUUUUUGUUUUUGUCUUUUAAAUUGGACUUUGUAGAACUGUGUUAUUAGAAAGUUGUUCUGUGAGAUAAUCAUUCCAUAAAUGACUGUAAAGAUAAAAAAUGAAAAUACAUUCCAUUUACCAGGAGCCACUAUACACAUGUUGAAUCUGAAUAUAUAUUUUCUCAUCUGAUUUUAUCUAUAAUUAUAAGAUUUGAAAAAUAUUCAAGCAUUAUUAAUAAUAAAAGUAAGUGGUGGUGUUAAAUAGAGUAAAAGAAAUUCUCUGAGAUUUUAUUUUUUUCUUUCUAUUUAUUCUUUACUUGUUUUGGGUGUUAUGAAUAGACAUUUUUCAAAGAACUGUGGGAUUAAUACAGUUAAUAUUUUAAUAACAAAUGUAUAUGAUGAUAUUUACUAUAUACUUCUCAGUUAAGACCUGUUGAAGGAUUGCAUUUGUAAUGUGUAUAUUAGAAAACUUGAAACUAUCAGAGAAAUAAAAAACUUUUCCCUACUUGUGUA